AUGGCGUCUGAGGUGGAUAUUGCUCUGCUAACAAGUAAUCUAAAGCGGUUAAAUAAAGACGAAUUAAUAGCAACAAUUGUGCAAAAAAGUGUGCCAGUGAUCUCUAGUACAAGUAUUAGUGAAGGAACACAGGAAAAACUAAGAAACAUGGUUAAUUUACAUUUCAAACAAGAAUCUAACCUAAAAAAUCAACAACAAAAAGUUUACGAUCAAAAUGCUGAUAAGCUGGAGACAGAAAAUGGACUUCAGGCGCGACUCAUCGAACACCUAGAAGGUAGGAUAAAAGAACAAACAUACAUUAUAGAAUUAUUAAAAAAUAAAAGUUCAGAAAACCCAAUAAAUAAAAAUGGCAAUAUGGCAACAUCGCCCACAACAAGCCAACCUACUUUUAAACUACUUUCGUAUUCGGGCGCAGCUGCUUCUGGAAAUAAAAAUAAGAAGCCUACUACACCGAAAAUACAGUUGAAUCCAUCCGAAACACAGAUGGCGCCUCAAAAAGCGUCAAAUAUUGAAAACAUAACCAAACAACAAAAUGCAAAUCAAGCAGAAGUAAACAAUACAAACUUAAACAAGGACUUUAAAGAAGUUACAUACAAGAAAAAAUCCAAAAAACCAGAAAUCCUGGGAAAUAAUGCAAAUUCCAGUUUAAAAGGAGUUGCGAAGAUGCAGUCAAUCUAUAUAAGUCGAAUUGAAACUGGUAGCACAAUUGAAACUAUGAAAAGUCACUUGACUGAAAAUGGAAUUACCAAAUUUGAAGUAAAAGAUGGAUAUUCAAAACACCCAAACAUAUAUAAAUCCUACAUAAUUACUGUUCCGUCAACAGCAGUAGAAAACCUUAAAAACCCAGCACUUUGGCCAGAAGGGGCCUGUGUUAGUUCUUUUUUAUACAGUCUGGCAGAGAAGAACAACAAAACUCCAACAUCAUCACCAAAAUCGACAUCAUCGCCAUCUACCAGCGGGAAGGAGAACCGUAACCCCAACAUCCUUGUUAACUGCAAGUACAACUUCAACCCGGAGUGCAAACCAUCGCCUAGUAAUUCCACCUACACAGAUUCCGAACUGGACUUCAACAACUCAGAAGGGUCGACAUCUUCCGGCGAGAAGCUAAACGCCAUCAACAAAUUAAUAAGCAACCUUUAUGAAAAGAAAUCGGGUAGCGACACUGAAAAUCGCUCCGAUACCUUAGAGCGUCGUGACAACGAAAAUCACGGCUCUAAGGACCAAAUGUCCAACACCAUCUUCAAUAAAUCAGGUGACACAGAAAACCUUAAAACAACUAACACAGAAAACCUUAAAACAACUAACACAGAAAACCUUAAAACAACUAACACAAUAACAAAAAAGAAGAAAUCACCUACACUAAAAACCCGCAAACGCCACCUAGCGGACACUAGCAAAAACAUAACCAAAAAGAAGAAGAAAACAAUCAACCCAGAAAAAAUUCAAAUCCUACAAGAUAUACCCCUAAAAACGAAAAACAAGAAAAACCCAAAAAUGGCAGACACAGCAAACGAUGCGCCACAAGAAAAUAGCAACCAACAACAGCCAACAAACGAUGCGCCACAAGAAAAUAGAAACCAACAACAGCCAACAAACGAUGCGCCACAAGAAAAUAGCAACCAACAACAGCCAACAACCAUACCACCCCCUCCCAGCCCCCCAGGACCGAUGGAAUACGUUAGUGAAUACGAAAACCAACAAAACAUCGAUGAAAGAAUAAAGAAGGGCAUAGAAAAACUCUACCCAAAGACAGCUGAAACUUUAAAAAUAACCACCCAAGCCCUAGAUCUGGACAAAAUUUCAACCAUGGAUACAGAACAAUCACAAUCAGAACAACCAGAGCCAACUAACGACACAACCACAGCAACAACCACGCAGCCAAGGCAAAACCUAGACCAGCAUGCACCGCCAACAACCUUCAGACAAAACAGCCACAACACACAACAGAGCUCCACAGUCAUCAGGAAGAAACCAAUCCAGCCCCACCUAUAA